AUACUCAGCCUGACCUCACAGCAACAACAUAAACAGGCUCGUUAAGUAUGAGCCGUUGCUAGGUAACGGCUCAUACUUAACGAGCCGUUGCUACAGUAACGGCUAGUGAGUUUUAGCAUUAAAACCGAGUUCAUAGCUCGUUAAAUUAGAUAAAUAAAAUAAAGACAGGCUGUAAGCAAACUUAACAUUUGUUUACAGUCAACGUGGAACAACAAGAAGUGACCGUGACAGCCAAAACUAACAGUGCCAUCUCCUGGUGUGAAGGACCGUCGUCUUCUUUUUCUUCGUUGGCUGAUUGUCACUGGCUUCAUGAGCAUAGCGCUGCCUGCUGUGCGGAGUGUGCCAUGGCAUGUGUUAAAGGCGCAGUGAAAUGACCAUCAGUAACAGCUAGUGUGGUUGGUUCGGGUGUCUUUUGCAAAGAUCUAAAGAACAACAACAACAUAACCUCAAGACAUGAUCUUCAACAAUUGAUGAAGCCAUGAGCACAUACACAAGAAGAAAACACAGUCCUCAAGGGAAGAACGUUGCAGGAAAAAGUCACAGCAUUGUCUGUACUCAAUCACAACAUGGUGUUGUACCUGGUAGGAGAGCAGAUGAGAAAGACCGCCUAUUUCCAAAGAAGCCUGUGAGCCACAGAAGGCCUCUCAACCCCAAGACCCAUGAUUCACUUGAAGCACAUGAUUUUGAAAAAAUCACUAUUACAAAACGACCAAGAGAGCCUUUGUCAACGCAAGAACAUUCAGGAAAAGACUCACAGAGACCACCCAGAGGAGAACUGCAGAUGGCCAGAGCAAUUCAUGAAAAAGAGCUCCUGCUGCAGGAGAAGCUGUGCAGGGUUGAGGAAAAAAUACGACAAAAAAUCCAUAGAGACAGUGCAGAUGCUGCUGAAAAGGAGAGGGGAAAAGUUCAGACAAAAACCAGACUAUCCGAGCAACAGAGCAGAGAACCAGUGAGAGGCAGAGAAAAGAUGAUGCAGGAGGAUGUUAAACAACUUAAGAGGCAGAAUCAGAGAAAUGAAGACAAAAUGAGGAAUACACAUGAAGAAGAAGAGGCCAGAUGGAAAAGAAGGGAAACAGAAGUUGCACAGAGUUCCCAAUUGCAAAGAAAAGGACGUAAAGAAACUCAUGAGGUAGUUCAAGAAGUGGGUGGAGAGCUGAACAAAUCGAGGUGGGAAAAUGUGAAAAAGCAUAGCAGAAGAAAAGGAGAGGGUGACAAAGAUAAUAGGGGAGAGACAGGUGUAAAGUCACAGGAUGUAACAGAGAAAGCAAAAGAAAGAGGAACACUGCUUGCACCCAUUUCUAGUCCUUCUCACUCCAGCAGACCAGAGCAGGAGGAGCUCAGACUUAAAAAUAGCACAGACCCCAGCAACCAGCUUCUUCCUUGCAGAGUCUGUAACAGAAAGUUUGCAAGUGAAAGACUGGAGAAGCAUGUCCAAAUCUGUAAAAAGGUGAAACAAACACAACGUCAGGUCUUCAACUCCUAUGUUAAUAGGACCAAAGGAUCCGUCAUAGAGGAGUUUUGGAAAACCCACAGCAGACCCAAGACUCCAGAGGUUGCAAAGAAAAAGAACAUACGACAGACCCACAAGUCAAACACAGGGACUCUGCAUGAGGGUCGACUCCCAGCUGGAACCUCACGGCCAAAACAGUCUAAGUGAGCUGACCUGAACGGACCUGGACACUUCAGCCCAGGACCAGGUUAACAAGAGAUCUUCAGUCAUCCAUCACCACCUCGUUAUUGUUGGUGUAGUCUCUGAAUUAUAUGAUUUUAAUACAUG